ACCCUAGAUAUUAACAAAAAUAACAUUUUAUAGGCUAAUACUGUCCCGAAUCACUUUUUCUAUUUGGGGAUUUAAAUCUCUGGCCGGUCAUUUGUGUCUAUCCGUGGCUCUUUAUGGCCCUUUUGGCGAUGUUGUUUAUGUGUAGUAAGGGGGGGGCUUGAAACCGCCUCCCCCUGCCCCAUUUCCUCGCUUGUUUUCCUCUCGGAUCUCUCUGGAUUCUCCAUGUUGUCGGGGCAAAAGUGAGGACUUCUCCGCGACCGCAGAGGGCUCUGGUGGACGGUAUCACCGGGAACAGGUACCGGCACGGCCGAGGAGACGGCCAGCAACACCGUGAACAAACAGCUUCCCUAAAGCGCCUCGUCCCUGCCCGAGAGAAGCAGAAGAACGAGAAGAAAGAGCCCAGGAACAAGAUCAGUCCUGUUUCUGAGGCGGAUGACAAGUAACCUCGGCGAACACAAGAGUCCAUUCGUCAAUAAAACCCAAUGAGGGAUGUCCAUCAAUGCUCGGAGACAGGAUUUGAGGAUUUUGAAGGCUCCGUGAUUGUCAGAUGGAAAGUUCUGUUAUCACCCAAGUGCAGAAAGAAGACGUUCAAGUGUCACCGAAAACUGGCCAGGUGAGCCGGUCUUCCCUGAAACAGCCCCGGAGCUGUAAUAUCUUCAAAACUCUCUUCUGUUGCCUCCAAGCCCAGGAUGGCCCCAAACCCACUCCACCAAUACCCCCGACUUCCCAGCACACCUUGCUGGAGUCGCAGGAAAAUGGGACAGUUGUCAAGGCUGAACCCAGCCUCCUCCCGGAGAUAACGGCCCAGGACCAGGGGAAGAUAUGUGUCGUCAUCGACCUGGACGAAACCCUGGUGCACAGUUCAUUCAAGCCUAUUGGUAAUGCAGACUUCAUUGUACCGGUGGAGAUAGAGGGGACCACACACCAGGUGUAUGUGCUGAAGAGGCCCUAUGUGGAUGAGUUCCUGCAGAGAAUGGGAGAAUUGUUUGAAUGUGUGCUGUUUACAGCCAGUCUUGCUAAGUAUGCAGAUCCGGUGACAGACCUUCUGGAUCAGUGUGGGGUAUUCCGGGCCCGGCUAUUCCGAGAAUCUUGUGUAUUCCACCAGGGCUGCUACGUGAAAGAUCUGAGCCGCCUGGGCAGGGAUCUCCAUAAAACCCUUAUCCUGGAUAACUCUCCUGCCUCCUACAUAUUCCACCCUAACAAUGCAGUUCCUGUGGUGUCAUGGUUUGAUGAUGUGGAUGAUGCUGAGUUGCUCAACCUUCUGCCUGUGUUUGAAGAGCUCAGUCAAACUGAUAAUGUUUACAUCCGGCUGGACCAGCUUCGUGGACAUUAGCUGUGGAUGAACUUUGUUAGAGGCUCAGAUUCAAACCUCCUCAGCUUCAUGCGAAAUGUGUCUUCUGAAAACGGAUGUCAGUUUCCAGACAGUGAUGUUAUGGUCUCUGCACAAAAGCAUUUAUUUCGACAACGUCUUAUCAAAAUGCAGCUGAGGAAAAUUUAAACCUGGAAAAAACCCAACGUCUAUGGUUCAUGUGAAACUUGAUUACAAACCUUUCUGCUCAACUUAUCUGUUGAAAAUAGUGACAACAACUUUUUGAAAGCGCUAAAAGAAAGAGCAGGAAACAACAGCCAAAGCAAUCUUUCCAUAUUCGUUCCUGUAAGUAAAGUGGUUCUUUUGCCAAAGCAGAAGCCUGCCCUGACUUGACUUUUGGAUAUCUUUUAGUUUUUUGUUAUUGUGCAUUCAAAUAACAACAAAAUGAAUAAACAAAGCCUUUUUUAAAAUAUUUUUUUUAAAGGAAAUUUCUUUUGUGCAUUUAAUGCUUCCUUUUUAUAAGGAAAGCUAUUUUUUUUAAUCGGUGAACAUGGUUCCUCUAUGCAACAAUUCUGCAAUGACAGUACCUCUAAAAUAGCCAGUUAAGGAUUGCAUUCAGCAGAUGUAAACAUUAAUGUAGCCAUAUUUACCUGUAACUUAGCAUUAAAACAAGUAUAUUUUAUUCAUUUGUGCUAAAAAUACAACUCUACAAAACAUGCAAUAUAAUUCAUUAGUAUGAAGACGGAUAUUAGUGGUUAGAUAUGUGAGCAAGGGGAAAUUUCUGUCUAUGGUUGUCCAUUGAAAAAACACACUGGAUAUGUUGGCACAUAGGAUGAACAUCAAUGUUACAGUUUUUAGUUAAAUUUAAUAAUGGCAAAUUUGGACUAAGUUUUUCUUUCUGGAUGGCAAAGAACUGGCACUUGUUCAAUAUUGAUAGUGCUAAAAGUAAAAACUGUGCCUUUGAAAUUGGGACAGAGAAUGGCGCCUGAAGUGAGAUUUGUAGGCCUGAUGUGUCAUGCUGAGCAUGAGAAGAUGCUGUCAAGAGCAAGUGGAAAGCUAUUGGCUGUGGUACUCGGAGUGAAAAACUUGAACUGUCAAUUUUUGAUAUGUUUAACAUGUAUGAAUGUUUUUAGUAUGUAUUUAUUGGCCAAAAACUUGUAAUUGUCUAGUACUUCUUAACACUCAACAUUUUGUAAUGUAAACCAUUUUGCCUACACUGAGGCUGGCCUUGUAUUUUAACCAGUUUGUUGGUGCCUAACAAACACAUUUUUUGCCAUCACUGUUAUGGGCAAUUCACAAACUUCACGAGCUAAAUCAAAUCAGCAGACAGAUGUCUGAGAUACAGUCAUGCAGGAUCUUUUUGUAUUUGAAAUUUUGUGCAAAUGAAUUUUGUGGGGUUGUUUCCAUGGUGUUUUUUUCUAUUGUUUUCUAUGUCUGAUACGACAAUUAACUGUAUGUAAAUUGAUGAAAUAUGACAAUGAAAAUUGUGUGAAAUGUGAUGAACAGAAAUAUUUGAAAUAUUUCUUAAUUUAAAAAAAAUUGUCAUGUCAUGUCAUAGAAAAGAAGUCAAAAACAUUUUUUUUUAUAUGUGAUCUGACCAAAAUGAAAAAAAUAAUUGCUAUCAGUUUUCAUAUUUCAAUAAAAUUUUAUGAUAUUUUAAA